GUUUCUGGCCAGCUGCCGGCGGACCGGACUCACCUCUGCUGCUCGCUGGGCUGUGUCUGGGCUGGGUGCUGUGGAGCCCCGGGAGCCGUCUGCAGCCAUGGCGGGGGCCCCCUGGACCAGGGCCCCCACGGGGUUCCUGAGCUGUUUGUACUCCUGCCUCCUCUGCACGGUACUCCUGGGAAAUGUUGAAACAACAGUUUCUACAUCAACCAUAAGUGGACAAACUACAACAGACUCUCAGACGACAAGUACUCCAAGGAAAACACCCAUUACAUCUACUUCCACGUUCAGCAAUACAACCUUGACAACAGCAACGUCAACGUCAAAUUCAAAACAUUCAACUGUGACAACAGAAGACACAUCAUCAUCGAAAACUGGGAGUCCUCCUCCAGUCACCUCAGUGGUCUCCUCAACAGCAAUUUCUUCAACAACCUGCACUCAGGAAAUAUCAGCCGUUUCUCAGAACCCACAGACUCAGGGUGGGGAGAAAACCAGAGGAUCUCCAACCAGCACCCAUGUGGAAGUGACCACAUCAUCACCUCCAACCUCCCAGGGUGGAAACACUCUGACACAGACAGUGUCUCGGGCAACAUCCCAUCCUGGUGAAACAGCCACCACAUCUGUUUCCAUAGUCAGCAAGACACCCCCGAGAACAGCAGGAGUGGUGACAAUGCCAACUUCUGCACACUCAACUCUGGCAACCACAGAGAACACGUCAUCCCCUAACAUUGGGAGUCCUCCUCCAGUCACCUCAGGAGUCUCCACAACAACAACUUCUUCAACAACCUCCACUCAGGAAACAUCAGCCGUUUCUCAGAAUCCACAGACUCAGGGUAGGGAGACCACCAGAGAAUCUCCAACCAGCACCCACCCAGUGGUGACCUCAUCAGCAACUCAAUCUUCCCCAGGUGGACACACUCUGACACAGACAGUCUCUCAGGUGACAUCCACUGCAGGUGAAACAGCCACCACAUCUCCCUCCAAAUUUAGCCAGAUGCCAUCAACAACAUCCGAAGUGCUCACAACACCAACUUCUACAUAUUCAACUGUAGAAACAACAGAAGAAACAUCAUCACCCAAAACUGGGAGUCCUCCUCCAGUCACCUCAGGAGUCUCCACAACAGCAACUUCUUCAACAACCUCCACUCAGGAAACAUCAGCAGUUUCUCAGAAUCCACAGACUCAGGGUGGGGAGACCACCAGAGAAUCUCCAACCAGUACCCAUGUGCAAGUGACCACAUCAGCACCUCCAUCUUCCCCAGGUGGACACACUCUGACACAGACAGCCUCUCAGAAAACAACCCCUCCAUGUGAAACAGUCACAUCUCACUCCAGUUUUAGUCAGACACCAUCAACAACCUCAGAAGUGCUCACAAAACCAACUUCUAUAUACUCAACUGUAGAAAGAACAGAAGAAACGUCAACACUUAAAACUGGGAGUCCUCCUCCAGUCACCUCAGUGGUCUCCUCAACAGCAACUUCUUCAACAACCUCCACUCAGGAAACAUCAGCCGUUUCUCAGAAUCCACAGACUCUGAGUCUGGAGACCACCAGAGGAUCUCCAACCAGCACCCAUGUGGAAGUGACCACAUCAUCACCUCCAACCUCCCAGGGUGGAAACACUCUGACACAGACAGUGUCUCGGGCAACAUCCCAUCCUGGUGAAACAGCCAGCACAGCUCCCUCCAGUUUCAGCAAGACACCAUCAACGACAUCAGAAGUGCUCAAAACUCCAACCUCCUCAUAUUCAACUGUGGAAACAACCGAAGAAACGUCAACAUCUAAAACUGGGAGUCCUCCUCCAGUCACCUCAGCAGCAGCAGCAACUACAUCCACAACCUCCACUCAGGAAACAUCAACAGUUUCUCAGAAUCCACAGACUCUGAGUCUGGAGACCACCAGAGGAUCUCCAACCAGCACCCAUCCAGACGUGACCACAUCAUCACCUCCAUCCUCCCCAGGUGGAAACACGCUGACAGAGACUGUCUCUAAGCAGACAUCCCCUCCAAGUGAAACAGCCACCACAUCUGUUUCCAUAGUCAGCAAGACACCCCCGAGAACAGCAGGAGUGGUGACAAUGCCAACUUCUGCACACUCAACUCUGGCAACCGCAGAAGACACGUCAUCCCCUAGAACUGGGAGUCCUCCUCCAGUCACCUCAGGAGUCUCCACAACAGCAACUUCUUCAACAACCUCCACUCAGGAAACAUCAGCAGUUUCUCAGAAUCCACAGACUCAGGGUAGGGAGACCACCAGAGAAUCUCCAACCAGCACCCACCCAGUGGUGACCUCAUCAGCAACUCAAUCUUCCCCAGGUAGACACACUCUGACACAGACAGUCUCUCAGGUGACAUCCACUCCAGGUGAAACAGCCACCACAUCUCCCUCCAAAUUUAGCCAGAUGCCAUCAACAUCCGAAGUGCUCACAACACCAACUUCUACAUAUUCAACUGUAGAAACAACAGAAGAAACAUCAUCACCCAAAACUGGGAGUCCUCCUCCAGUCACCUCAGGAGUCUCCACAACAGCAACUUCUUCAACAACCUCCACUCAGGAAACAUCAGCAGUUUCUCAGAAUCCACAGACUCAGGGUGGGGAGACCACCAGAGGAUCUCCAACCAGCACCCAUGUGGAGGUGACUACAUCAACACCUCCAUCCUCCCCAGGUGGAAACACCCUGACAGAGACUGUCUCUCAGGUGACAUCCCCUCCAGGUGAAACAGCCACAUCUCCCUCCAGUGUUAGCCAGACAUCAACAACAUCAGAAGUGCUCAAAACUCCAACCUCCUCAUAUUCAACUGUGGAAACAACCGAAGAAACGUCAACACCUAAAACUGGGAGUCCUCCUCCAGUCACCUCAGUGGUCUCCACAACAACAACUUCUUCAACAACCUCCACUCAGGAAACAUUAACUGUUUCUCAGAAUCCACAGACUGAGGGUAGGGAGACCACCAGAGAAUCUCCAACCAGCACCCAUCCAGACGUGACCACAUCAUCACCUCCAUCCGCCCCAGGUAGAAACACGCUGACAGAGACUGUCUCUAAGCAGACAUCCCCUCCAAGUGAAACAGCCACCACAUCUGUUUCCAUAGUCAGCAAGACACCCCCGAGAACAGCAGGAGUGGUGACAACGUCAACUUCUGCACACUCAACUCUGGCAACCGCAGAAGACACGUCAUCCUCUAACACUGGGAGUCCUCCUCUAGUCACCUCAGCAGUCUCCACAACAGCUGCAACAAAAGAAAAAUCUGCAUCAACCUCUUUAACGACCUCCACUCUGGAUGCAAUAGGGACCCUUCCUUCGGCUACAUCACCUCCAGGUGAGUCAACCAUCUCACAUCCUUCCAAGGUUACUAACAUCCUGCAUAGAACAUUAGGAAUGGUUCCCAGGCCAACCUCUACACAUCACACUCCAUGGAAUACAGCGGACAUGCCACUUAGUGUAACUACAAAGUUUAUGCCGGUGCCUUCAGCAUUCUCAACACCUGCUACAGCAGAAAGAGAAUCUACUACAACUUCUUCUAGCACCUUUAUGCAGGGAACAUUAGCAUUUUCAUGGAACCCCCAGACUCAGAGCAUGGGUACCAGCACAGCAUCCCACACCAGUGCCCCUACAGAGGAGACUGCAUCAACUCCUACAUCUUCUCUGAGUGGACACACUCUGACAGAGACCAUUUCCCAGGAGACAAUCCCUCCAACUAAAAUGGCCACUGUACCUCCUUCCAGUACCCACAACACAGACCCAACAACAAUGGAGGUAUCCAAAAUGCCAACCUCCCCAGACUCCACUGUGGAAAACAGAGGGCACACAUCACUACCUACAACUGGGAACAUGCCUGUACUCACUUCUAAAGUGUCAACCACACCCCUCUCAACUAGUUCUUUAACUUCAAAAACAUUAACAGUUUUCCCCACCUACCAAAGAAAAGGCACAGAGACUCCAAGAUGGUCUCAUGACAGCAGCCUGAUUUCUACAAGUAUGUCCCAGGAGACAUUCAUUACAGAGAAAAUGACAAUGGUGACAUCAUCAUUCUCUGUUGAUAACAACACAACUCAGCUUCCAAAAGAACUAUUGUCAAUGCCAACAGGAGUUACCUGUUACCUUGUCACCAAAAGCCCAACUCCUUCAACAACUGGCACCACAGUUUGGGUCACACCUGAGGUCCCAACAACAGGAGAAUUAGGAGAGUCAACCACACAGCCUGAUAUGAGCCCAUCUACUCAGAAAACCAUGAUAGCAGUUUCCCAGACACAAUGGACACAAGGUCCAAGGACCACUGGAGAGAUUCACAUCAACAGUCCGAGCUCUGGUUCAACUAUGGUCAUGGAAACAGUGGCAUCCCCAUCUCCUUCAUCAACAAUAAGCAGACAUACAUCUCAAGAAACUAUCACAGCAUGGCCAAAAGCUCAGUCAACACCACACUCUCCCAGCAGCUCUCCUCGGGAAUCCUUGUCUAUGCCCAGCAUAGGUCACACUCACGCCACACUGACCACACCAGAAUCCCAAGCCAUGAGUUCAAUCACCCCCGAGACUGACACACCCAAUGUGGCAACAUCCGCAGCGUCUUCUGCCACACCAAGUGGACCCUCAUCCUCAGAAAGCACUCCUCAGGAGGCAUCCACCGUGGCUGCGGUGACAACCUCCAUCCCUGCACCCUCCAGGGACAGCCACCCAGCCACAGGACCACGGCCAGCACCACCCAGCCCCAGCCCCACCCUCCGGCUCUCCGGAGCCCCAUCACUCUCCACAGCAAGCACGGUUUCCCAGGACGCUGCUGUCACCUCCCCAUCAGGGGGCCCAGGAGGACAGCAGGCAUUGCCUUUUGCAAGCACCUCCCCUGACACAGCCCAAGUCAUUUCCCAAACCCAGCAGACUCGAGGCACAGAGACCACCGGGGAGGCUCAGCCCAGCACACCAGCCCCCUCAGUGCCAGACCCCACCGCCGCAGCCAUGGCUGCCACGUCUUCCCCCACGGCAAGGGGCACAACCUUUGGAAGGGCUUUCCCGGAAACGGCCACUGCAGCCAAGACCACCGACUUUCCCACAACUCCCUCCAGCAGCAGCCACGCAGCUCCGCCAACGGCUGAGCUGUUGUCCUCUGGCACCAGUCCUGACGCUACCCCUGCAGCCGUAGGAAUGAGGUCUCCUGCUGUACCCAGCACCUCUCCUCCUACCAUCACUGGGGUCCCGACUGAUUGGACAGCGUCUUCCAGGACCCCUCAGGAGAAGCCAGCUGUCUCCCAGAUGGCUCACACUCCAAGUGCAGGAGCCACCAGAGGACCUGAAGUCAGCACCUUGGCCUGGCAGCUCACUGACACCUUCUCAGCAGUCACAGCGCCACCACCCUCGCCCACAACCAUGCCCACUGAGCACACAUCACAAACCGAGACUCGCACUCCCUCACCUUCAGGCAGCAGCACAGCCUCUAUCCCAACCCCAGGCAGCCACAGCCAUGGGAGCCAGACGACAAUGCCAGCUUUGUCAUCAGGGACAGCAGGAGGGCCAUCUGCGGUGGGGCCCACCACCCUGGGAGAUGCAGCCCCUAGUUCUCCGUCAGUUGUCGACUCAAGUGAGGAAGUUCUAACAGGCCCCAAGUCGGUCGUCCCCGAGAACACGACAGCGGUCGUCACUUCACCAGCACGUCCCAGUGCCUCCUCAACGGAAUCCACACGAGCCCCUCCCUCCUCAAUGGGUAUCUCCAGCACACACCCUCGUGGGCCUCCUGCAGCUGUUCAAACAUCUGCCACCACCUCCAGGACAAGGUCGACCUCUGUAAGCUCUACAAAGAGCCCUGGGAGUGUAGGCAGCUCCACACUUGCUGCAGCGGACAAGUCUACUCACCCAUUACCCAGCAUCGCUGUUGCAACCCCAUCAGAAACCAGCACUUCAUCACCAGGGGUAACCAAUGCCUACGUGCACGUGCCUACCUCUGCUGUGUCCCCAUCCAUUGAUGCUGACCCAGCAACGGAUCUGUGGGCUAGCCCCACCAGCCCUGUCACCAGCCAAGAGAACCCAGGAGACCUCUCAGCCACUGUUACCAGAAGCACCACCUUUGAUACCUCUGCAACAGCAGGCCCAGCAAGGCAGUCCACACCACUCCCACCCAGCAGCUCUCCUCGGGAAUCCUUGUCUAUGCCCAGCAUAGGUCACACUCACGCCACACUGACCACACCAGAAUCCCAAGCCAUGAGUUCAAUCACCCCCGAGACUGACACACCCAAUGUGGCAACAUCCGCAGCCUCUUCUGCCACACCAAGUGGACCCUCAUCCUCAGAAAGCACUCCUCAGGAGGCAUCCACCGUGGCUGCGGUGACAACCUCCAUCCCUGCACCCUCCAGGGACAGCCACCCAGCCACAGGACCACGGCCAGCACCACCCAGCCCCAGCCCCACCCUCCGGCCCUCCGGAGCCCCAUCACUCUCCACAGCAAGCACGGUUUCCCAGGACGCUGCUGUCACCUCCCCAUCAGGGGGCCCGGGAGGACAGCAGGCAUUGCCUUUUGCAAGCACCUCCCCUGACACAGCCCAAGUCAUUUCCCAAACCCAGCAGACCCGAGGCACAGAGACCACCGGGGAGGCUCAGCCCAGCACACCAGCCCCCUCAGUGCCAGACCCCACCGCCGCAGCCACGGCUGCCACGUCUUCCCCCACGGCAAGGGGCACAACCUCUGGAAGGGCUUUCCCGGAAACGGCCACUGCAGCCAAGACCACCGACUUUCCCACAACUCCCUCCAGCAGCAGCCACGCAGCUCCGCCAACGGCUGAGCUGUUGUCCUCUGGCACCAGUCCUGACGCUACCCCUGCAGCCGUAGGAAUGAGGUCUCCUGCUGUACCCAGCACCUCUCCUCCUACCAUCACUGGGGUCCCGACUGAUUGGACAGCGUCUUCCAGGACCCCUCGGGAGAAGCCAGCUGUCUCCCAGAUGGCUCACACUCCAAGUGCAGGAGCCACCAGAGGACCUGAAGUCAGCACCUUGGCCUGGCAGCUCACUGACACCUUCUCAGCAGUCACCACGCCACCACCCUCGCCCACAACCACGCCCACUGAGCACACAUCACAAACCGAGACUCGCACUCCCUCACCUUCAGGCAGCAGCACAGCCUCUAUCCCAACCCCAGGCAGCCACAGCCAUGGGAGCCAGACGACAAUGCCAGCUUUGUCAUCAGGGACAGCAGGAGGGCCAUCUGCGGUGGGGCCCACCACCCUGAGAGAUGCAGCCCCUAGUUCUCCGUCAGUUGUCGACUCAAGUGAGGAAGUUCUAACAGGCCCCAAGUCGGUCGUCCCCGAGAGCACGACAGCGGUCGUCACUUCACCAGCACGUCCCAGUGCCUCCUCAACGGAAUCCACACGAGCCCCUCCCUCCUCAAUGGGUAUCUCCAGCACACACCCUCGGGGGCCUCCUGCAGCUGUUCAAACAUCUGCCACCACCUCCAGGACAAGUCCAGAGAAUAUGAGUCCUACAAGCAUUUUUGGUUCUACACUGUCGUUACCAUUUCCACCUUCAACCAAGACCACUCUUGGAUCAUCUUCAGAAUCUAAGCAUCCUACUACUCUGCAGGCAUCCACAGACUCCUCUUCCUCCUCCUCUACUUCCCUUAGUAACUUAGGUACAACUCAGGCCAUACCAAGUUUCCAUGCUUCUUCUAGUAAUUCUUCAUUGUCUCAGUCUGUACCUGGCCCUCCCAGCACCGGGAGUCCUCCUACCCUAGUUCCAGGUCACACUGCUCCCCUGCCAGUUACAACUACUUCCUCCCCACCCACAGCAUCUUUGGGCUCCACAACGAAGACCGAAACAUCAGGAAUGAUCCCAACCUCACUGUGGAUAAAUGGUGGGAGAAGCACAGCACUGUCACCGCCCUCAACAACCUCCCUGACCCCUACGAACUCCACGCCCACCACAUCCACAGGCUUCCGUUCAACAACUCCCUCUGUCCCCGUCCAGCAGGGACAAGGCGUCUCCCUCUUUCCCUACGGGUCCAGCGUUGGAGACACGCCGUUCGUCAGGAGGACAGUGGACUUCACCUCUCAGCUCUUCAAGCCCCGCAUUGGCUUCCCCCUGGGCUCCUUUCUGCGAGAUUCCCUCUACUUCACAGACAACGGCCAGAUCAUCUUCCCGGAGUCAGACAGCCAGAUCUUCUCCUACCCCAAUCCGCCUCGGCGAGGCUUCACAGCUUGGGACCCCGUGGCCGUGGUGGCUCCCUUCUGGGACGAUGCUGACUUCUCCAUCCGUCGGGGAACCAUAUUUUACCAGGAAUAUGAGACAUUCUAUAAUGAACACAACCCGCUAGUCUGGCAGGUGGAGUCUUGGAUUCGAAGGUUCACAAACUCCUGGAGCUACAAAGCCAAGUGGACCUUAAAGGUCACCUGGGCCAACGCCCCCGCCUAUCCUGCCCAGUGGACCUUUGGGACCUGCACCUACCAGGCCAUCCUCUCCACCGACGGGAGCACGUCCUACGCACUGUUUCUUUACCAGAGCAAUGGGAUGCAGUGGGAUGUAGCCCAGCGCCCAGGCAACUCGGUCCUCAUGGGCUUCUCCAGUGCAGACGGGUAUUUUGCCAACAGCCCGCUGAUUUCCCGGCCAGUGUGGGAGAGGUAUCGUCCGGACCGAUGGCUGAAUUCCAAACUAGGCCUCCGGGGGCUGCAGAUCUACAGGCUCCACAGGGAGGCGAUACCCAACUACUAUCUCAAGUGCCAGCAGUGGCUGCAGAGCCAGCCUCAGUGGCCCAGCUGGAACUGGAACCAGAUCUCCUGCCCUUGCACCUGGCAGCAGGGACGAUGGGACUUACGAUUCCGGCCUGUGGGCUCAGGCUGGUGGGGCCAUGGCGGCGGCCGGAAGCUGUGCCGCUUCUCCUCCUGGCAAGGAGGCGUGUGCUGCAGCUACGGGCCCUGGGGAGAGCUUCGCGAAGGCUGGGGAGUGGACAGUCCUUGGCACUUUGAGCAGGAACUGGAGGCGCAGAACUGGUGCUGCCGCUGGAACGACAAGCCCUCCUUCUGCUCGCUGUACAAGCGGAGGCGGCCGCCCGUCAGCUGUGCCGGAUACAGGCCCUCCAGGCCGGGUUGGAUGUUUGGGGACCCCCACAUCACCACCUUGGAUGGCGCCAAUUUCACCUUCAAUGGUCUGGGGGACUUCCUGCUGGUCCGGGCCUGGGACGGGAACUCCUCCUUCCUGCUGCAAGGCCGCACUGCCCAGACCGGCUCCGCCCAGGCCACCAACUUCAUUGCCUUUGCAGCUCAGUAUGAGUCCAGCAGCCUGGCCCCCAUCACGGUUCAAUGGUUCCUGGAGCCCAAUGACACAAUCCGUGUGCUGCACAAUAACCAGACUGUGACAUUUGAAACCGACCUUGAAGAUGCAGAAGGCCAGGAGAUUUUCAACACCACCGGGGUGCUGCUGACCCGCAAUGGCUCUCAGGUCUCAGCCAGCUUUGAUGGCACGGUGGCCAUCUCGGUGAUGGCUGUCUCCCACCUCCUCCACGCCUCCUCCAGCCUCCCAGAGGAGUACCAGGGCCGCACGGAGGGCCUCCUGGGGCUCUGGAACAACAAUCCCGAUGAUGACUUCCGGAUGCCCAAUGGCACUUCCGUGGCCCGCGGGAGCUCCGAGGAGCAGCUUUUCCACUAUGGGAUGACCUGGAAGCUCAACGGGACAGGCCUCCUUGGCCAGAGGGACGACCAGCUGCCUCCCACCUUCACCCCUGUCUUCUUCUCCCAACUGCUGGACAACAGCUCCGGGGACCCGGCUCUGGUCUCUGGGUGCAGUGGAGACAGACAAUGCAUCUAUGACGCCCUGGCCAUGCGAGACGCCGGUGCAGGCAUCCACACCAGGACACUGUUUAGAACGUACCGGCAGAUGAACGCCACCCAGAAUCAGUUCCCGCCCUCCAUCAAGGGCGAGCAUGUGAUUUGCGCCUAUAAGGGGAAGAGCGUGUGGAUUCCGUACACCAGCGACUCGGAGAAUGUUGUGUUCACGCUCAGAAACAACUGCACUGACAUCAAGCUCUUCGAGAAUGGCACAUUGCUGUGGACCCCGAAGUCACUGGAACCGUUCACUCUGGAGAUCCUAGUGAGAAGCACCAAGACGGGCCUCUCGUCUGCCUUCCAGCCCCAGACCGUGCUCUGCGCAUGCAGUGCAGAGAGCCAGUGUCUGUACAACCAGACCAGCUGGGUGGGCAAUUCCUCCCUCCAGGUGGCUGACUGCAAGUGUGAUGGGGACACCUUUGGCCGCUUCUGUGAGCGCUCCAAGGACCCCUGUGAGGAGGAGUGCUUCCCUGGCGUGAGCUGCGUUCCUGAGCGAGGCUGCGAGGCCUGCCCCAUAGACAUGACCGGAGACGGGCGGCACUGUGCAGCCCUGGAGAACUCCGACCUCUGUCAGAACCACUCUUGCCCUGUGAAUUACUGCCACAACCAGGGCCACUGCUACAUUGCCCCGACGCUGAGCUGCCAGCCCUCCUGCACCUGCCCCCCAGCCUUCACUGACGCCCGCUGCUUCCUGGCUGGGAAUAGCUUCACUCCAACCACCCAUCAAGAGCUUCCCUUAAGAACCAUCCAGCUCUUGCUCAUCGAAGAUGAAAAUGCCUCCGUAGCAGAGGUCAACGCCUCGGUGGCCUACAGGCUGGGGACCCUGGACGUGCGUGCCUUUCUCUGGAACAGCCUAGUGGAACCAAUCGCCUCUCCGGCCCCCGGCUCGGGAAGCCUCAUUCAGCGCUGGAAGGUCACCUCGCAUUUCCAGUACCGGCCUCAGGGCCCUGUCAUCGACUUCCUCAACAACCGGCUUCAGGAGGCAGUGGUGCAGGCCUUCUUCCUGCAGGCUCAGAGGAGGAGGUGGAAGAGGAGCGAGGGGCCCAGGAACAACGUGCUCUUCUACCCCAUCUCAAGGGUGGACGUGCAUGAUCUCGCAGCGCUGAAUGUGAGCACGCUGGAGACAUACCUCAAAUGCAAUGGCUACGAGGGCUACCACCUGGUCUACGGCCCCCAGAGCGGCUUCACCUGCACGUCCCCGUGCACCGAGGGCUACUGUGACCACGGAGGCCAGUGCCAGCACCUGCCCGACGGGCCCCGCUGCAGCUGUGUGCCCUUCUCCAUCUACUCGCCCUGGGGCGAGCGCUGCGAGCACCUGGGCGUCAAAGUCGGGGCCUUCUUGGGGAUCCUCUUCGGGGCCCUAGGCGCGCUCCUGCUGCUGGCGAUCGCCACGUUUGUGCUCCUGCGCCUCUGCGCCUGCGGCAGGGUCAAGUCCUCCUACCCUCUGGGCUUGGUGGGCUGAGGCCUCGCCCCGCGGGCUCGCCGCACGGAGCCAUUGUUUUGGGGACACUGGAAAAGGGGAAAUGACUGAAGGUCCAUCGGGAUCCUCGGAGCAGAAUGAAGAAAGGGAAAAAAGACGAGACUACCUCGUCCAGAGCCACCAGCGCGCAGGCGCACUGAAACGGACGUGUUCUCACGCAGACAUCCCCGCAAAGAGCACCCGGGCUUGCGCCUGUGCACGCGCAAGCCCGGUAGUGGGCUGGUGGCUUUAAGUUAACCAAUACGACUUUGCACACAAAACUCUCUGGUUUACUUCUGAUUAAAGUCUAUUUAGAUAAAGUCUGA